UAGCCUAUUGUGCCUUCCUUUACUAUUCUUCUCAUCUCGAGCUAGAACGUGGGUGGGAGAGAGAUCGAAAUGGCAACCUCCGGCGGAGUAGGAGGAAGAAGACGGCCACCGCCACUGCUUCAGACUAACCGCACCGGUCUUCAAGGCGUGACUAGAAAUCGAUUCCCGAUAAGCCUUCCCUCUUCUCGCAGAACUUUCCGUUUGAUCAUAAUUAGUCUUGCCUUCAUUGCUCUCGUUCCUCCUAUUUUCUUCCACUUCAGGCUCCGCCGCUUCCAUCAAAUGCGAUUAAGGAAGUGCGGUUGGCUGAAUAAUCCUCCUCUUGUUUGUGCUCACGGUGGUGAUUCAACUAAUGCCUUCCCCAACACAAUGGCGGCAUAUCAUUUGGCUCUUCGUUCUCGAGUAGACUGUAUUGAGAUUGAUGUUUCUCGUUCAUCAGAUGGAGCUCUGUUUGCUCUCCAUGAUAGGGAUUUGCAGCGGAUAUCUGGUAAUAAUACUACUAAAGUUGGGUACUUGAGCAUGAAAGAGAUUAAAGAAUUAGAGGUGCCUCAUCAGUCUGUGCAGGUGUUUCACGAUAAAAAAAUUCCCACUAUUGAAGAUGCUUUGAAGUUGGUUUCAAGUUCAGUGCGACAGGUUAUUCUAGAUGCAAAGGUUGGGCCUCCAUCAUAUGAAAAAGGCCUUGCAAAAGAUAUUCUUUCAGCUGUUGACGGAUCACAGUGUAAGAAUUGCCUUGUUUGGGCUAAAAGUGACAGUUUAGCAAGGGACUUAAUCAAACUAUCAUCGGAUAUUGCGGUGGGCUAUAUUGUUAUGGUGGAUCCUAAUACAGGCAUGAGAAUGAACUUACUAAGAAUGAAGGGAGCUGGGGUGGUUGGUGUUUUCCAUCCAUUGAUUGACGAAAAACUCAUGAGAAUUCUGCGUGGGAGGAACAAAAAGGUGUAUGCUUGGACUGUUGAUGAUGUGGAUUCCAUGCGAAGAAUGUUGUUUGAGCGGGUAGAUGCUGUCGUCACAAGCAACCCCAGUCUACUUCAACAGAUUAUGCAAGACAUUAGAACUCAAUGUCGCGAAGAAGGAUAUACUCUGCCGCGGUGAUACCUAUAUCGUUUGAGUUUGAACCUCUGCUAUACUGCCAUCAACCUCUUCUAUUUUUUGUGGUUAUUACGAGUUACGAAUCUCCUCCCAUCUUUGGAGGUAAGAUGUAGAUUUUAUGUCAUAUAGCAACUGUUAGGUAAACAAAAUUAAUGAUUCCUGGAUUAUAACUCGAGAUUUGGUCUUAAUUUCACCAAUUGUCCUUUCAAAUUUUCACUUAAAACUUCCAUCGUUGAUGUAAUGAACAUAAACAAAAGCCCAUAUUAUUUGA